AGUGCUGGGCAUCAGUUGUGCUCGGUCCCAGUCACAGCAAGGAUGAACGGCUUUAUCGUUUUUAGCGCGCUUCUCGCCCUGGCUGCGGCUCAGGACGGGUACAGCUACGGCGCGCCCGAGACCGGCUACGACUACAAGGAGCCGGUUAACCCGCAGGGUUCCGGCAACACGCCCGGCGGCUCCGUCAUCAAGCCUGCCGGCGACGAGGACCACCACCACGGCGGCUCGAGCGACCCGCUGCAGUGGCUGCGUGACUCUGUGCCCGGCGAGCCCGGUGUGGAUUACCCCAUCUAUGCCACCAUACCGCCGACCAGCUUCAGCUGCGACGGACGCGUACCCGGAUAUUACGCUGACGUGGAGGCCGGCUGCCAGCCGUUCCACGUCUGCAACACCAUGGUCGGCGACGAGUCGAUGAAGCUCUCCUUCCUCUGCCCCAACGGCACCAUCUUCAACCAGGAGGGCUUCGCCUGCCAGUGGUGGUCGGACGUGGACUGUGCCUCGGCCGAGCAGUUCUACAACAAGAACGAGGAGAUCGGCAAGGUGCCUGAGUCGGCCGCCAGCAACAACGUCAACAGCGUCGUUGGCGGGCCAAGCCAGCCGCAGAACUCUUACCAGCAGCCACAGAACUCCUACCAGCAGCCUCCGUCAGCGCCCCGCCCCCAGGCGCCGCGUCCUCAAGCUCCUCGCCCCCAGACGCCUCGCCCCCAGACUCCGCGUCCCCAGGCGGCCCGUCCCCGCCCCCAGGCGGCCCGUCCCCGCCCCCAGGCGGCCCGUCCCCGCCCCCAGGCGCCCCGUCCCCGCCCCCAGGCGCCCCGUCCGCGCCCGCAGGCAGUGCGGCCUGUGCCGAACCAGUACAUCCCUCCGACCACCACCACGACGACCACGACCGUUCGCCCGCCGCCCGGCCUCUACAACCUGCCCCGGAACUAGACCGUCGGCGCCACCUCCCAGCUCCGGACCGCCACCGAGUGAGCGCUGGCCGGCCGCACGGCCGCCCGCUGCCAUAUUUAUCAGAGUGAGUGCGCGUGCGAGUGUGCCGCCGAGGGGUCGGCGUGGUCGGCCGACGAGACCCGAAAGUGAGUGGUGUCAGGUGUGAAAUGGGCGCGGGUGCAGAAGUCGCGGUCCUCGGCGCCCGCUGCGGGAGGCAUCCUUUAGAGGGCGUCUUUCUUCUUUGCUCAGUGUUCCUUUUGGCUUGUCUAGUCAUAAGCAUCGAAUGCGAGCGGUUGUCCCUCGGAUGUUCACACAUCCCACGGUGACAUUCCAGGAAAAGAGGGACAAAUACAUAGAUACAAUGCACACGAA